AUGGCUGCUAUUUUCAAUAAAGUAAAAUUAUCUUUAGAAAACAUCGAAAUUAUAGCACAGAUAACUUUAAAUAUGGCAAAGUUAAUAGUACAUAUUGCUUUUAUCAUUUAUUGCCAAGCUGCCAACCAAAACCAAGCUAGAAAUGCAGCACCACCUGCGCGAGCAGAAGCUGCGGGACCAGUAGCUGCGGCAGUUGGAGCA